AUGGCGUCGAACCGAAAAUGUGCUGAAAAUAAGAUGAGUACCACGCCGACUGAUUCAACAAUUCCGAAUGAUAGUACGAACGUCAAAAAGUCGGCGCCAACGGAUUCGGCACUAUUAAACGUGAAUUCUAGCUCCACUUUCUUGGCAGUCGAUUCGAAGGGUGGGAAGCCGAACACGGAACAGCGAAAAUUGGAGAAAAAGGUACGGUUUUUUGUAGUUUUUAAGUCGAAAAGUUUUGAAAAAAUAAAAAAUUUUAAAUUUUAUGGUCAAAAAGUUUGUAGAAUUUAAUUUUCUUUUUCAAAAUUUUAAUCUUUAGCCAUAUCAUAGCCUAGUUUUUACAAAAUCAACGAAUUUUCAAGCCGCGUCAAAAAGAAUUGGGCGCUUUUGCUAUGUAAAUACACUACGAAUCGUCCAAUUCUUUUGGACGCGCCUCCAUUAAACGAAACAAAUGCUGUUUUCUGGUCAAAAAGUCUAUAGAAAAAUGAAAUUUUUUAAAAAAUCACGUCAUAAAAUACAUAGAAUUUUUAAAAGUUGAAAAUUUGGUAAAAUAUUGUUAUAGCUCAUUACUUUUUGAACAUAACAAAAAAUCAUUUUAGAAACGAAUUUACAAUCGAAGAUGUAAAUUGGCACAACAGGACCCAGAAUUUCGUUGUGUAUGUAUAACAGUUCAUGUAAGUGGGUUUUAGUAUGUUUUUAAGACUGGGCGGGGUAAUUUUUUUAGGGGGGGAGGAGAUGUGGGUUAAAAAUUUUUUUUAAUUGUCAAAAAAUAUUGAAUAUGUUGAAAUUUUUCCAAAAAAAUUAACCCCCCCUCCCCUCCAACAAAAAAAAAUUACCCCGCCCUCAAUCCCGUUCCCAAUAUCUUAUAUAUGGUCUAAAACAAUAUAUUUUAGUCGCUGGUAGCGUUGAUCGCGAUAAUAUGCGUAAUAAUGGCAAUCCCAGGAGCUGUAGAGCGAUAUAUAAGCUAUGCUGACGAUGACGACCGAGAUGCUCGUACUUUAGUGGCAUUCAGCAUUUUUGUAGCCGUAUUAGUGGCAAAUGUGGUAUUGUUCGUUGGGAAUCGUUUCAAGAUCAAAUCGCUUUACUACGUGUAUCUUGUGAUCAUGGUAAGUACCGUAUCUUACUUUACCCUACCGUAACUUACCAUACUCUACUCAACCCUACAUUGCCGUACCCUACCUUACCGUACCCUGCCCUACCUAACUCUACGGUUCCCUACUCUACAUUAUUGUACUACUGUAACUUACCGUUUCAGCUCAUAGCCCUAAUCGUAAUGCUGGUCCUACUGUACUUUUACCUCAAAAUGACGAUAGAUGUUCUCGAAAUGGACCCACGUCGUGUCGGCGAUGAAGAAAUGGUAUGGUAUCAAUAUCGCAAAUCCGUCGAACGUCUGUUAACCUCAUGCAUGUGCUACAUGUUCAUCGUGAUGCAUGCUAUGAUCUUCUACGUGGUGCGACGCGAUUUCCGCUACGUCAGAGAAUAUCCGAAUUGGCAAAACGCGAUGAAAGAACUGACCGCAGAUGAAUCGACAACUAAAUCAAGAUCAAAAUCUAUGCAUUCUAAAAUUUCUCGAGAUUAA